AUGACGGACAGCUUUAAACUACAUGUGGCCAUGUAUGAGCCUGUAUUUGGGGUGGGAACCAGGAGUCAUUUAAAGACAGAGUUAGGUCAUCUUCAGUUUCAAAGACCUAGAAUUGUCACUCUGAUGUCUGAGGACCUCAAAGUUCGGAGCCUCAAAAGGACCAAGGAGCCUGCUGACCAUGACAUGACACCUCCUUCCACGCUGUUCGCCAGACCUGGAGGAAACCAGUUACAGUGCUCGUUCCCCACAGGCCAGGAAGGUGGAGGCAAGCCCCUCGCUGCGGGGUCGGAGAAGGAAGGACCGCCACGGAGUCCAGCCCCCGCCACUCAGGAGGUCCCACGUGGGGAGCCGCCCCCCUCCUGCGCUGUCCUGGGAGAGAAGACGCCACCCAAGGCCCCCGACGCCAGGGGAGCAUGCCAGCCACCGGGCUCUGUCCACAAAGACAGAACCCUGGUCCUGCCCCGCCCCCAGCCUCAGGUAGAUGGGUGUUCCGUCCCCAGGAGAGAGGCCAAGGCAGGGAAGAGGUCCUUCGCUCCGGGCUCCGGGAAGCAGAAAAAGUCUGUCGCCACGGGUCCAGUCUCCAUGUCACCUCCCCGCGUCAAUAACUCAGCCCGUGACACCAACAACCCAGUGCCCUGUGGGUCAGGCCGGGGGCCCUGCCACCUGGCCAACCUCCUCAGCACAUUGGCCCAGAACAGCCCAAACACAGACCAAAAGAAGCCCCUAGAAGUGACCUGCCAAGUGCGGAAAAAGACUCGAACCCUGUACCGCUCAGACCAGCUGGAGGAGCUGGAAAGGAUAUUCCAAGCAGACCACUACCCUGACGGUGACAAACGCCGGGAGAUUGCCCAGACAGUGGGGGUCACCCCCCAGCGCAUCAUGGUAAAGGGGGCUGGGCAGGGGCGGGUGGAGGAGAAUCCACGCUGGGCCUCUGGACAGCAGGCAGGUGCGCAGCACCUCUGGCUCGGGCCGAGGUUACAGCUCUUAGGGCUGUGUUCUUGCAUGUCCACAUCGCUGCAGCCUAGAAAGCGAGAAGGGGAAAGGCUGCUAGAGGGACCUUCUAUGACACCAGCCUCAGAGGCAGCAUCUGCAGCGCAGCGGUGUCUCUCCCUGCAGGUGUGGUUCCAGAAUCGCCGGGCAAAGUGGCGAAAAGUGGAGAAACUGAAUGGGAAGAAGGACAAGGACAGUCCUGCAGGUCCAGCCCCUGCCAGCGGCCAGGACAGCUCUGCUGCUGAGCUGCCACCUGCUGUGCCCAUGGACCCAGAGCCUGGUGCCUUCCCUCAGGAGACCCCUCUAGACACACUGCCAGAGCCCCCCAUGCUUCUGACAUCUGACCAGACUCUGGCCCCAAACCAACAGAGCGAAGGUGCUCAGAGGGUGGCAGUGACCCCACCACUCUUCAGCCCCCCGCCUGUCCAAAGGGCCAACCUUCCCUUCCCCCUCGGCUCUGCCCACACCCCCCAACUGAUGCCUCUGCUGAUGGACACACUUGGCAGUGACAGCAGCCACAGAGAUGGCUCCUGUGGGUCCUGGGGGACAAGUGUCACCCCGCCCCCUACCUGCUCAUACCUGGAAGAGCUGGAACCCCAGGAUUACCAGCUGAGCAACCAGCCGGGGCUGUUCCAGGUCUCCCAGGCUCCACAGCCCCAGCUUUUCCAACAGCCUCAGCCCCAGUUUUCCUAUCUGCACUCCUUCCCCUUCUCCACGCCCAGCUCCCUGACGCCCCCGCUGCCAGAAGACCCUUUCUUCCCGCCGCCUUACAGCCCCAAUGGGGGGCCCUCGCAGGGCUACUUCCCAGCGCCCCCAUCAGGGCAGGGCCUGCUGCAGCCGCCUGCUGGGAGCAUGGGCACAGUGCCCUGGAAUGACCCUUGCUGGCCAGAACUGCCCUUCCCUGGUCCCUUCUGUCCCCAAGCUCUGGGGCACCCCUCAGGAGGGGACGGCUACUUUUCCGAUCUGUUUCCGGCUCCCUAUGCUCACCCUGUGAGCAGACAGCCUUCUCCAGGGCCCAGCCGGCUGCCUGAUGGGGCCAGGCCAGGAGCUGGGCCCUUACCCAGCAAGGCCCCCAGUGAGCAGCCCACGGCCACUGUGGAGCAGCAUUUGGCACCCGAGGAGGCCCAAGAGGAGGACAGAAACAGCCACGGCCCCUAGUCCUGGGGCCACAUGUCAGACAGGCUGCUGGGUGGAGGGGUUGGGGCGCCAUCAGGGAGAUGGCAGCAGAAGCAUUAGGAAAGACUGGGAGCUGUGUUGACUGGGGUGCAAGUUGGACAUGCUCCUGUGUGAGCUCAUCUUGCUGGGCGCUGGUGUGAGGGAGGGAGGGGCUGGCUCUACCUGACUCUCCACACUUCUGUACGGUGUCGGCCCUGAAGGUGAUGGCCGGUACCACUUAGGAACUCUGUAUCAGCUUGUGUUGUUUCCUUUCCUGGCCAGAUACAUGAGCCAGAGUGUUCACUGUAAGCAGUAAACGAGUGUGCUGUUGGUUUCUCUCUCUAAUUACUGUCUCCCCACUCACACACUGAGCUCUAGUCCCAGGUGAGGUCGCCACUAGGCGUGAUCAAGUGCAGCUGGCAUUCUCCCUGGCCUGUCUCUCCUGCUGGAGGAGAAACUGGGCAUUUGGGGCCUUGUCUUCACUCCUGCUAUUAAACCAUGCUCUCUGGAAUUUGGACUCUGGAGGGACAGGGUUACAGAAGAAGCCCAAGCAUAUUUUAGGGUCAGUCUCUCCAAAGCAUUUAUUUUUUUGGCGGGAGAGGGGCGCUAAGAAGAAGAUGCUCUUAUAUAUAGUUAGUACGCCACAUCGGAUAGUCCCACAGUGCCCACUGCAUUGGGGGGCUUCUGGACCUCUAAUGCUGAUUAUUGGAAAAUACACAUCCUCUUGAUGUCAUCAUCCUCUCAACAGUGCAAGCUCAGGGCUCUGCCAUUGACCAGAGCAGAAUCCUUCCUUGCAGACUCCAGGAAAAAAUGUCUCCCACAUCUAAUUUAAGUUUUCACUGUCACAAUGUUUCCACCAGAUGGCAAUCCACCACCAGUUUCUCUGUGGCCUUAAACUGGUGGUUUACAGCAGCGAUUUUCAACCUUUUUCAUCUCAUGGCGCAUGUAAACUAAUGACUAAGAUUCUGCGGUACAGUAAAAAAACAUA